AUGCUACCAAGUGUGCCUGCGGUGAUUGUUAUCAACAUCUCCAAGUUGGCGUAUACGUACCUGUGGAAUGGCUCCGCCCGCGCACCGUACAUUGUGCCGGCGCUCAAGAAGCACACGGCGACGGUCAUUAUGGCCCAUGGACUGGGCGACAGUGGCGCAGGAUGGAUGUCUCUUGCUCAGAACUGGCGUCGCCGCGGCAUGUUCGAUGAGGUGGCUUUCAUCUUCCCAAAUGCGCCUAUGAUUCCAAUCACAGUGAACUUCGGAAUGACCAUGCCCGGAUGGCACGACUUGACGAAGCUUGGUCGCGAGCUCGAUUAUGAAUCAGCGAUUCGGCACCAGGACGAGCCGGGAAUCGUUCGAUCUCGCGAUUACUUCAACACUUUGAUCAAGGAACAGAUUGAUAAGGGCAUCAAGCCUUCACGGAUCGUUCUGGGUGGCUUCUCCCAAGGAGCUGCCAUAUCUGUCUUUACUGGUAUCACUUGCAAAGAAAAGCUUGGCGGUGUUUUCGGUCUGUCCAGUUAUCUCGUUCUCAGUGACAAGAUCAAGAAUUACAUUCCGGAGGAUUGGCCGAAUAAGAAGACUCCUUUCUUCCUCGCUCAUGGCUUGGAAGAUGAAGUCGUGUUGUUCGACUUCGGCGAUUUGUCGGCGAAAAAGAUGAAAGAGAUCGGCUUGGAGGAUGUCACUUUCAAGUCUUAUCCUGACCUGGGCCACUCCGCCGACCCAGUAGAGAUUGAGGAUCUGGCGCGAUUCCUUCAGAAGGUUAUCCCUCCAGAGGACGACGGGCAGGCUUCUGCCGGAUUAUGACUUGAUGACCAUAUCCGGACUCAGGGUUUAGCAGGAACACAUUUGAAAAGCCUUGUCUUCGGUGUCUUGAUUUUACUGUUUGCUAUCCUAUUGAUGAGAUUUAGCGCAAAAGAUAGGAAUACACGAGCUGUUUCUAAGCAGCGUUGAACAACGGCAUCCUUUGAUCGAGUGACACCUUCGAAUGCAAUUGCAUAGUUCUAUAACUUGCUAC